CUGAGGAAAUCCAGCCCAAGUUCGCCGCGAUGACUGUGCUGCUGGCAUCGGGGUGUCUCCGCGGCAUCCCUGCCUCUGGACCGCGCCGCUGCUCGCCCUGAAUCCGCACCGCCGGGUUAAAGCUUAAUUCUCAUGUUGUGGUUGCUGGGGCUGCUGCCGCUUUCCCGUGUUUUGCGAUGGGAGGUGGAGGAAAAAGGAUUGUCCGUGAGUCAACACUGAAAAUGUGAUUAGGAGGAACUGCUUUCACUAAUCUGUUUCUAACCUUUUAGUCCAUGUUGGCCUGUGACCCCUUUCAGCUUUCAGAUCGAGCCUGAUUAGACCACAACACUGGUCUCCCUAUGGAAGCAGCUGUUUCUAUCUGGCAGUGAGAUCCCAUGGAGAAGCUGAGGAAGGGGAUGGCUCUACAUAUCCAUGAAGUCUGGAUACUUCUGUUUGUAAUCCCUGCUUUGGUAACUCCAGCUGCCAUCAAUCAUGAAGACUACCCUGCCGAUGAAGGGGACCAGACCUCCAGUAAUGACAAUCUGAUCUUUGAUGACUACCGAGGGAAGGGCUGUGUGGAUGACAGUGGCUUUGUGUACAAACUGGGAGAACGUUUUUUCCCGGGACAUUCCAACUGUCCCUGUGUCUGUACUGAGGAUGGACCUGUUUGUGAUCAACCAGAAUGCCCUAAAAUCCACCCAAAGUGUACAAAAGUGGAACACAAUGGAUGCUGUCCAGAAUGCAAAGAAGUAAAAAACUUUUGUGAAUAUCAUGGGAAAAAUUACAAAAUCUUGGAGGAGUUUAAGCCCUCGCCAUGCGAAUGGUGUCGCUGCGAGCCCAGCAAUGAAGUUCACUGUGUUGUAGCAGACUGCGCAGUUCCCGAGUGUGUCAACCCAGUCUAUGAACCAGAACAGUGUUGUCCUGUCUGCAAAAAUGGUCCGAACUGCUUUGCAGGAACCACGAUAAUUCCCGCCGGCAUCGAAGUGAAGGUGGACGACUGCAACAUCUGCCACUGCCACAACGGGGACUGGUGGAAGCCGGCGCAGUGCUCCAAGCGCGAGUGCCAGGGCAAGCAGGCUCUGUAGCGGCAAACCCCCCUGCCAGCAGCACCGCCGGCCAAACAACCCGCUGAUGAUGAUGACUAUGAAGAUGACGAAGGAAUGGCUUUGACGCUGCCCACGCGUCCAACCUCCUGCCAGCUGCAACAGGGUCACCAGCAAAACCUUGCGAGGGUUUCACACAAGCAGAGAUUUUUACUUGCGGGGAAGGGUCUCCCUCUCCCCCCACCCCCUCCUGCUUUUCUCUCGCUUUACACACUAUGUAUCCAGUAUCUACUCUGCUUUUGUAAUUACCAGUGCUUGAUAGGGAUGCAGUGGUCAGAUUUGGGGAGGAAACAAGAAAAACUGCCCACACAAGCUGUUGGACUGGUGAUGCCUCUGAGAUGCCAGCCAAUUCACCGCUCUCACUUUCUACAAUGUGGAUCGCGGGUUUUUCACGUUUAUUUAUUUAAAGUUUUUUUUUGCUAUUGUGAAAUAUUUUUUUUUUAAGCCUCUUCCUAAGCUAGGAUCGUCGGGGCAAUACAGCUAUGAGUGAAGCGAUGAAUCAUUUUUAUCGUGUCUAUAAGGGGAGGGGGCCCACUAAGGACAGGAGGGAGGUAGAUAUUAAAAGGGGAGGAAGGGGUUAAAUAAAAGCCCAGCUGGAAUGUAACUUGCAGAAGGACCAAGGUAGAUGCACAGGUACACGGCCGGACACCCGAGACACAAGCUGUAUCUGUGUUACACUUUCUCCACUGAGUGGGGACAAUAAAGUCGAAGACACCUACACAGUCACCGUGACCUUGAUCGGAGCACAAGCCCACACCGGCUGCACGGGCAGGCAGGGCUGGCAAGCCAGCAAGGCUUGGCACGGCACCGAGAGAGCAGUGUCUUACCUGGGUUGUCUCUGUGCGAUGCCUGGCUGGGGCAGCUGCGGUGGAGCAGAGGGAGGAGGGUCCCUGCUUUGCUGGCAGCACCGCUGCUCUUGCUGGAGCCAAGGGCAUCAUUUCAUUGACUUCAGCAACAGUGGGACUCAGCCGCCAUGAGUCAAAAUUAAAAUAUCUGAUCCACCCAUCACCCUUAGGGAGGUUUCCAGAAACACCCCAUCAUUGUGCCAGCACUGAACCAGCUCAGCUGGUGGGUAAGAACUUUUGCUGCAGCGCGAAGGAGCUUCCCUGGCUCUCCCCCAGUCCUGGGAGCAUCCGUACUGCUGGGGAUAACGCAAGCCAGGGUGCAUGGGCGGCUGGGGACAGGAUGGCUGAGUCUACGGGAAUGGGCUCCUGGUGUAAAGGGUCUCUCUAGAAAGCAGCUAUGUGCCUGCCUGCCAAGCGGGGAGGUCCUGCUGGUCCCUUUGGCUUUUUCAGCACCGGCACCUCGUGUUUUCUCAGGCUGCGGCUUCCAAGCGAUACUGUGAGAGAAAAGCCACCAGUGUCAUUUCCCUGCGCUGCCCUGCCCAGGUGAGCACAGGAGCCUUUCCCAUCACUGUCCAUGCUUGAUUUGCUGCUUUUUGGUCACGGCCAUUGGGGUGAUAGUGCUUACUUGUUCAGACUUCAGCCCAGCUGCUCUUAACAGCGAUGGCAGCAAAUCCUCCUUACAGCAUCCUCCACCGAAGUUGAUCAGCCUGGUUGGUCUCGGUUUAUGCACACUGUUGCCUUUAUAUUUUUAUUUCUUCCCCAUUUUUGCAUUUUACUGGAGGGCAAGGGGUAGGACAAGCGCUAGCACAGUGAUUGCCAUACUUUGGCUGAGCAUUGGCUUCCUGCGAGUUGAACUGGUACCAUUAAAGAAGUCAUCACCACAUUUCUUUGUAAGCUGUUGCCUGUCAAUGACUAUCUGGUUUCAAAAUCUUCAAACAAUAGUGUGCCUGAAACUAGUGAGAAAAAAAAAUUCUGUAAAAAAUGGGGGGCUGUCUCGAAACAAUAUUUGAUGUGUAAAAGACUAUAUUAUUAAAAAAUUAUUUUGUUAAAUAUAAAG